GAAGCGUGUGUACCACGCAGAUCAGUUCCGUUUCGUGUCACAUGAUCGUAUCGUAAUAUCGUCCAGCAAGUGAAGUUUAGUAAAGAUGGCAAGCCAGUCUACGGGUAUCCAGCAGCUGUUGAAGGCUGAAAAAACGGCAGCAGAAAAAGUAGCUGAAGCCAGAAAGCGUAAAAACAGGAGACUGAAACAGGCUAAAGAAGAGGCCCAGGCUGAAAUUGAUGCUUACAAAGCCCAGAGGGAAAAACAGUACAAACGUUAUGAACAAUCUGUCCUUGGUUCUCGAGGUGACAUGGAAAGUAAAAUAGAUCAAAGUACAAAACAGAAAAUCCAGGAGAUCAGUAUGGGAGUGGCAAAGAACAAAGAGCGAGCUAUAAAGGAAUUACUGGACUUGGUGUUGUCCAUUGAGCCCCAGGUACACAGGAAUCUAGUGCCUAAGGUUUAAUGAUUAUGUACCAUCUAUGUCGUCACACCAUGAGCUAGUCAGAGUGGUACAGUUUGUAUGUGAUAGGACUAAGAUACAGAUUGGCUGGACCUUACUGUAGAGGAUGCAGUGUAUUAACUAUGGGAGAGUGAAAUAACAAAUUCCAUCAGAAUGAUUUGUGGAAAGUCUAUUCUUUUUCUAAUCUAUGGUUUACUGCAAUCCUGGUGUUAAGAGAUAAUAAAUGAUAUUUUGAGAGUGAUAAUAUCAGAUUGCUGUUGGUAUAUACUAAAGCUUAACUGUAUACGUCUGAAUGGUGAAAAUGACAUAAACCGUAGGAGCCUAAUUCUGUGUUAAUUUGUAUUGUAGCUACAUAUUGUUAGUUGUUGAAUCAAAAGUAAUUGGCACACAUAUAAUCUGUAAAUCUUCUGUCUUAUCCUAGAAUUCCAUGUACAUAUUGUAUUUGAAAAUUUAUUAGGAUUUUGUUAAAUAAAGUAAAAAAAUUAGCACAUCUUGGUAGGAAGAAUGAUUCAAAUGAGGAAUGAUUUAGAUACAGUGUUUGGUGAAAGGACUUUUUUCUUCGAAUUUUAUAUUGUCCCAUAUUUUGUCAGCAAUAGCAUUGUACUAGAUCACAGAACAAAUCUACAUGUACACAGAUUAUAUUCAGUACAAGACUUUAUAAUCCACAUAUAAAUUCAUAAAUCAUUGUGUAAUUGUGUAGGAUAGAACAUGUAAGCUGGUAUAAAAGCUAUGACAGAAUAUACAAAUGUAUCAUUCUCUGUACUUAUGUCCAUUUUUGUAUAUGCUUAAAAAUUAUCACCGACACUGGUGACACAUUCCAAAUUGUGCUUUUGUUUUGUAAGGGGAGGUAACUUUCAUCAUUCACAUAGGUUUAACUUCACAAGACCGUAGUAUUUUAGUGUAGCUGAGGAAUUUAUCUAUCUUCCAUUCACAUUUCGUAGUACCAUUUUAUAGGUCAGCAAAUGUGGUCUUGCAAAGAAAUCCAAUAGAUUACUAGGAAGGUAAAUAUCACUGCCGAAAGUUACAUUUAAGAAAAUCUAAAAUGAAUGUGAGGUGCGUAGAAACAGGUUGAUUUAUUGCUGAAACUGAUUUGGACAUUAAAUGAUCACUGUUUUACAUUGUAUGAGAGAUGUGAUGAUCGAAAUUUAAAACCGGUAUGUAUAUUUCUGGGCUUGUUACAUAAAUUAAAGCUCUUGGAAGAUUCUCCACCAGUUUUGUUUUUGGGAAAGUAAACUGUAUACUAUGGGUUGACAUAUGAUGUUUGUUUAAGAGGUAAUCAUAAGUGAUUUGGUAUAACAUUGUUGUAAUUUUGUUUAUUUCAUAUUUAUUAUUUAACCAUUAAAAUCAGCACAAUACCCGUUA